GAACGCGCUUAAAGGACUUAAUAUUGAUCAGUCAUAUGAACGCACCAAUCUUAUGUCAGAUUGACAGUUACUUGUCAAAGUUUAGAACGUAUGUAUACUAUAUUUUUAUGUUAAGUAUGUACGUUUAUCUUGUGUUUAAUAAAAGACAAUAAAUAAAUACUAAUACAUAAUUAACGGUAAAUAGUGACAUUGCAUUGAUAAGCAACAUCUGAUACGUAAUGUGAAUAUCAAUUUUCAAGUGGACUGGCAGACGUGCUCCGAAUUCUGGUGCAAUUAUGAAACAGGUUUAAUAAGGAAAACAGAUUUAUAAGGAAAACAAUUUUAUAAUUUAUGAUCGGUUUAUAACAGUCGUCUUGAUGGUUGUAAGAAUAUUUUAAGAAAGUCCGUAUUAGUACCUGUAACAUAAAGGCCCCGAAAACCAAGUUUUUAUAUAUAUAAAAUUUACAACAUAUUUGAAAGGUGAGCUGAAAACAUCACUAGUUUUACCAAGGGUGAAGAAUUCGUAUUCUUCACUAACUUUAAGUAUGGCUACUAUACUGGACGUGUUUAAUGACGAUGUCUGGCGUCUCGUACUGGACUGGCUGCACACUGAUGACGUUAUAAGGUCCGAGCGAGUCAGCCGAGACUGGCAGGAUGUUAUAUACCGGUACCUUCAAUGUGUUGGAAUGAGCAUAGAAUAUGGUACUCGCCCCAAGCUCUGGUACGGGCAGAACCACAAGUUUUCUCACUCCUACCGCAUACUGAGGAUAGAGGAAGACAAUCCGGAGAUACUUAAGAAUUUACUACAGAAAUGGGGUCCGUGUGUCAAGAAAGCGGAUUGUGUACACAGAACUAUGGAGGUUCUAAGGAAGUGCUGCCCCAAUUUAAAAGAUAUUACAUUUUAUGGAGUACCCAAUGAUGUCUUAGUAAGUGGAUCAUCACAUGUCUUCAGAAAGCUGAAACGAGUACAUUUCAAAGGAUGCAAUUAUUUGACAGAUAAAAGCAUCAGGCAGUGGCUGGCCAGCUACAACAUUGAGGAGCUGUUAGUGUGGGAAGCAGAUGAAGUUACUGGAAGAUUCUUGCUAUCUUCUCACUCCACAAAAAUAAAGCGUCUGUCAUUUAAAGACUGCAGGGGCUUGUACUUCCGUUGUCUUCUCUCCGCUGUCAAAUACCUAACACAGUUAAGGAAAUUGGAACUGAUAUAUUGUCAUAAAGAGAUCUACUUUAAUGUUCAUAGAUUGUUAGACGAGAUGCCAGAUUUAGAGGAUUUGUGUUUGCGUUGGGAAAAGAGGUUGGACUUGGGAUACGAGUGGGCCGACGCAGUGGGGAGGAUGAGGCUGCGGCGGCUGGAUGUGAGCUUCAACCCUAACGUGACGGACGAGUGGCUGGCGAGGGCCUGCCGUGGCUUCGGUCAACUCAAUGAACUGCUUUUGGAACGCUGUGUGGGUUUUACCGGCCGGGGGGCAAGAACGGCGUGCAGCGCGGCGGGGCCGGCUCUGCAAGGCCUGCAGCUGGGCUCCAAUACGCAGCUAUUCAACUCCUAUAUCGAGGAUAUUGCCAAGGCUUGCCCCAACCUCGUGUGGCUUGACUUGUCAUUCUGCCACGGGAUAACGAAUGACAUAAUAGAAGAGGUGGCAAAUGCGCGUACUGUCCGCACCAAGAAGAUGCGGCUGAUAGUCGAGUGCACCUACGUCGAGGACGUUGAGGAGGGUCAAUUCCCGUGGAUGAUCGUCGAAUUUGGGGACUACUAUUCAUCUAAGACCUAUUCGUUUCCAUGUAACACCAAAAAGAAAUGACCAGCCGUAGACCUUACGGCUUCGCAGCAAGGCUUGCAAAACAGCAGUAUAUAAGCACCCUUUUGGUCGGAUUAAGUGACAAACGGUGGCGUAUCUAGGCGUGGGCGAAGUGGGCCUCGCCCAACGGCCUCGCACUUAUGGGGACCUCGCGGAAGCCAACACUUUUCUUGGGAAUACACAUUGAAAGAAAAGGGCCUCGCUGAUGCGACAUCCCCCACGGCUAGAUUAGUUCACAUUACGCCACUGGUGACAAAAAAAACUGGAACUUAUCCGACUUAAAAGGAGAAAGCUUGGUUACCUAAUUACUGAUUUAAAGAAGGAAAUUUCUGGAAUGUUCAGUAAUUAAGAGGCUCUUGGAAGAUGUAGCCAACAGGCAAAGUAGUCGGGGUAGCCGAAAUUAAUUUGUCUCGCUUAAUGUCUUAUGGCGCUAUUUAUAAACGUUCGCUAAAUGUAACAGCUGUUAUAAAUGUUUGUUGUUAGCAUUUUGACGUUUAUAUGUUAGAUAGAGACAAGAGAUGUCACGCCACUGCGAGAGAAAGAGAGAUAUUGCGAAAACAAAAGAAAGAAACAACGGAAAAUUACACUUUAAUGAUGAUGGCGGUGACAGUCCGUCCGACGUGAUUAACCCUAGAGUACCUACUUAUAAUAAUGGCAUCAGUCAUGAGACAUUUAAGAGAAAAUUUGUAGUAUUUUUGAUAUUACACCAACACCUGAAAACGUUCUACCGCGUCCCGCGUAAAAAAAAAGUUGAGCAGUUUUAAAAGUUAAGCAGCAGGUAAAAUUUGCCAGUGUUUAAAAAUUGAUGUCGAAAACUUAUUUUACAGGAUUGGUGGUAUACGUCUCAUUAUUGGGGUCUUUACUAUAGUCGCGCUUUUCCGCGUAGGGAGCAUUUUGCCGCCCAUACUCAAUAUGGUUUAUUGUUUACAAUAAUGGAUAAAUCAGUUCGUAAUAUUUUUUUAAAUAAAAUAAAUCAAAAAUUAUUAGAAAAAGUUAAGCUACUGUUACACAUGCUGAUUACUAGCACGAAAACAUGCCACUAUUGAGCAAUUGCUACUUAGUAGUAUGUGUGUCGAAACAUUUCAUCAUCAUUUUGAGUUUGCUCAAAAAUCAACGGUCGUGCGAUUUUUGGUCAUGCUACCUGCAGCGCGGGUGGAGGGGGGCGUGCUUUUAGCGCGUGUGAGCAGAUUUGCUUAUUGAGCAUGCUAGUAUCGAUCAGUCGUUUGCAAACAGGUGCGCGUGCACAAUUUUACGCAAAUCCAAAUAGCAUCCGCAAAUAGUUUUUAUAACCCGCAGCAUCUUCUACUCGCAUUUCUGUAAGCAAUUGAGCACUUGCUCCAAAGUCCUGUCUUCUAGAUAUCCAAUCACGGACCCAAAUCUUUCUUUUCUUUUUUUGCUGAGCUGAUAUAAGCUUCUGGAUGCAUUGCAUCGCCAGCAAAAGGAUGAUCUUAUUCAGCUCCAUACGGGUAGCUGUUUGAUUGUUCAUGGCUUUGUUUGAACAGGCAGAGAGCGAGAGAGCACGCUAUAAAAUGGCAUGUGUAUUGGAGUGUUUGCAUUGAGCAUGCUUAUUCAGGAGCAUACUUAAAACUAGCAUGCCUAUUGCUAGCAAAUGUAAACUGCUCAUAAGCAUGCUCGUAUUGAGCAUACUCAAUAGCACGCUUUUUAGCAUGCUAAUUUAGAGCAUGUGUAACAGUAGCUUUUUAUUAUACACUACUGCCACUACUUAUUACUACUACUUAUUAGUUUAACACUUACCCAUAAAAAAUACUUUGAGAAAUGUACCGUGUUCAAGUAAUCACAGUUUUCUCGCCACGCGUGGCGAAAUGCGAACACUCUAGGGUAGAGGAUGCCUAUAGGUAAAUAAUCGGUUGGUGUUAUUAUUAUUAGGCUACAUAAACUUGAUGUUAUUGCAUUACUGUAUAGCAGUAAAAUAGACUAUUGCAUUCAUUGAGUUAUUAUUAUUAUGGAAAAGCCAUACCAUCAAUGAAAUGAUCGCAAUCGCAACGUGUACCACGUGACCAAAGAGUCGUAAGCGCGAAAUUCAUGGCGCUUAUGCUUAAGUCGCGAGAUUCACGCUCCGCUUCUAUGGUUUGUUGUCAAAACAACAACAACUCAUGGCGCACAAAAUACUGGUUAUCUGUGCUGGUUCUAUACGUAGUAAUAAUAGUUCAAUGAUUGCAUUAGAGCCCCCAUCCGCGACCGCCGCUUAAUAUAGUAUACAUUUUCUCAAAUGAUUUUUACGCCUAAGACCCUAAGCUUUUAACAAAAACCAUUGUUUCUUUUAUGCGAGCGGUUUAGCUCCCGUAUUAGCCACGUGCCAAAGCAACAAUGUCAUUCAAAAAGCAACUGUAUCGUAAUAGUGUUAAGGUUUAAAUCUAUAUGAGGGCUCGCCUACAUUGAGGUGGUCGAUCGUCCUACAUUACCAAAACAUGUUAACUCGUAUGACCUGAAACAUAGAUUUGAACCUUAAUACUAUUACGAUACAGUUGCUUUUUAAACGACAUUGUUGCUUUGCCAACGACCGCUCACACAAAAAAAACAAUGACUUUUUUAAAUAGGGUCUUAGGCGUAAAAAUCAUUUGAGAAACUUCAUACUAUACUCGUAGGGGCCUCUGCGCCCGCGCGGCUAGAUGUUAGUGGAGUUACGAAUUUAAAUAUUGAUGUUAUUUAAAUGUUGAUGAAAUACUAAAUGUUAUUAUAAUAUUGAGCGAUGUUUAGUCAACAAUUGGACGUAGUUUACGGACUGAUAUGACAUUUAAAGACCUUUUAAGAAAAGAGCGUAACUGUCUUAAAAACCGACAACGCACUUACAACCCCUCUGGUGUUUACAACCAUUGGGCGAUCCGUCUGCUCGUUUGCCUCCUUAUAAAAAAAGGAUUUGUCAAUAUAAUUUGAACUUACUAUCAAAAAGAAAAGUUAAAUGAAAUGGCAAAUAAUAGAGAUGUAUACUUUCUGUUAAACUACGUCCAAUUAGUCAAAUAGUAACUUUGUUAACAAUAACGUACUGGAUAUAUACUAUUAUUUACCUGUUAGGUAACAUAGGUAAUACAUAAAUGUUAAAAUAAAGGAAGGAUAAAUGUUUAAAGCUGUUGAUGUAUUUUGUGACCCGUUAUUGAUAAGCUCGGAAUCACUUCGCCAUGUCAAAAAAGUUUCAGAAUUAGUCAUUAUAUGAAGUAGAAAUAGUUAUUUGUUUCACUCGGGGGCAAAGUUGUUGUUUAACCGCUCGUGCUAAUAUUGAUACCCGAGCAAGCGAAAGAUUCCAAAAUUGAACCACGAGCGUAGCGAGUGGUUCGAAAAAUGGAAUCUUGAGCGUUGCGAGGGUUUCAAAGCACGAGCGGUUAAACAAAAUUUGCCCCCGAGUGAAACACAACAUUAUUCACCACACCAACCCGAAGCAAAUAUUAAAUGUAAAGUCAAACAAAAUCAAAUCCAAAUGAAUGUUAUUAAAUAUUUAUAUUUAGUCAAAAUGUAUGAAACAGCCAAAUUUCUUUUUCGCGAUUUCGGGGUUGGUCCCAUAGUAAAAGUUGCUCAGUAUUAUAAUCCCAAAACCUCCCUAGCAGCGAGCGGGAAUGCACUUAUUUUUGGCCACACUGUAUAAUUUGCAAACAUUAAAAAUACAAGAGUAGAUAAGUGUAUCCUGCGAUAAACUCAUCGUCUAUUAGUAAUUUUGGAUGUAUUCAAUGUUAUAUUUAACGACAUAUGACUAAUCAUCAAUGUUCAUGGCCGUUCAACAAUAAAGACAA